CAUUUAUGUGCAUUUCUUGUCGUGCAUCUUUCUUCACUUUGUUUCUUCAGUUCACAAAAUUUACACAGUUGGGUUUGAUACAAAAAUUCGUGUGCUUGUUUAAACAUAAUAUAAAUUCUUUUCAAAUCAAUCAAAAUGGCCGCUCCAAGCACAAGACCACACCCCCUCACCCAACUCUCAAUCAUCGAGGCCCAUAGAGCCCGCGACAUAGUAAUAGGUCUACACAGCGGCUCUCUCGUCUCUUUUCGCACCAUCUUCCUUGAAGAACCUCCCAAAGCCGAGCUGCAAAAAUUUCUAGAAAUAGAACAUAAUGGAGAUCUAAACGCAUCAACUGUCUAUCCAAAAAGAGUUGCCAGGGUUAUGUAUGAUGUUAUUGGUGGUAGUAAGAUACCAAAAUAUCAAGAGUCUCUUGUGGAUGUCGAGGAAGGUGUUGAGAUCUCGAGGGAGAUUGUAGAUACCAAACAUCAUGCCCGUUUGACUUUGUAUGUAUAAACUUCCCUCCCUAUACUAAUUCGAGCUAACCCGCCCACGCAGAACCGAAUUCGACGACCUAGUAAAAGCCGCCUGGGCCUCGUCUCUCUUCAAAGAAGCCGUCUCCGAACUCCAUAUCCCAGAAGGAUUUGAAGUCGUCGUAGAACCUUGGCCAUACGGAGGAACUAUCGAGGACGAAAAUCCUCGAUACUUUCAAGGUCUCUGCUUUGCGCAGGAUAAGCGAAAUGGAAACCCAGAUUCGAAUUUCUACGGGUAUCCGCUUCCUUUGAUCCCUAUCAUGGAUGCUCAUACGCGCGAGAUUAUUCGGGUUGAAAGAUUGGCUACGGGAGGGAUUGAAGAUGGAUUCAAGGUUGGGACUCAUGAUAUGAAUAUUUUAAAACAUUGUAAGCCGUCAGAAUAUGUGCCGGAACUGGUGGAAAAUGGUACGAGAAAGGGUCUGAAACCUAUUAAUGUGGUGCAGCCUGAAGGGGCAAGUUUUGUCGUAGAUCAGGAUGAGAGUUUGGUGGAGUGGCAGAAAUGGAGGUUUAGGGUGGGCUUUAAUCACAGGGAGGGGGCUACAAUUCAUGAUGUGAGGUAUGACGGGAGGAGUAUCUUAUAUCGGUUGAGUAUGUCCGAGAUGGUAUGUGAGAUUGAUCUCUUGUUUGUGGUGGAAUAUCGUGCUGAUUAUUUUAUAUCUAGACUGUUCCGUAUGCAGAUGCUCGAGCUCCAUUUUAUCGCAAACAAGCAUUUGAUUUUGGAGAUGGUGGUGCAGGAGACUGUGCCAAUAACCUCGAGUUGGGAUGUGAUUGUCUGGGCGUCAUAAAAGUUCGUACUCCUAUCCAAUUUCCAGAUUUCAAUAACCCUCCCACCCCCACCCUCAGAGUAUUUAGUUAACCAUACUCAAGUAUUUCGACGGCACUAAAACCCAAGCCGAUGGAACGGUUUCCACAAGUCCCAAUGUCAUUUGUCUGCACGAACAAGACGCCGGUAUUGGCUGGAAACACACGAAUUGGCGUACCGGCCGCGCAGUCGUAACCCGUCACCGCGAACUCGUCGUUCAAUUCAUCAUCACCCUCGCCAACUAUGAAUACGUAUUCGCCUACAAAUUUGAUCUCGCCGGUGGCAUUACUGUCGAAACACGCGCCACGGGUAUCGUAUCCGUCGUCUCAAUCGAUGCCGGCAAGAACAAGAGCGAAUAUGGAAAUGUAGUUGCCCCAGGUGUCCUAGCGCAAAAUCAUCAACACAUCUUCUGCGUGCGUAUUGAUCCCGCGGUAGAUGGACCACUAAAUACGAUUAUGGUUGAGGAAUCUCACGCCGUGGCUGAUAAGACACGGAAUCCGUACGGUAAUUUCUACGAGGUGGUUUCCAAACCAGUGGAGAAGGUAUCGUGGAUAGAUGCCGCACCGAUGAACAACAUGUUUAUCAAAAUGAUCAAUCCAGCGAAGAAAAACAAAAUCAGCGGAAAAAAUGUCGGAUAUAAAUUCAUGCCUGCAGCUACCCAGGUACUACUCGCACAGGAUGAAAGUAUCCAAGCCCAACGAGCAAGAUUCGCUCAACAUCACGUGUGGGUGACCAAAUACAGAGAUGGAGAGUUAUUCGCAGGAGGAAGAUACACGCUUCAGAGCAAGCGGGAAAUCGACGGGGUAGCGGAUGCGGUAGAGAGGGGUGAGCAGUUGCCCGAAGAGGGAGAGGAUGUAGUGGUGUGGAAUUGUUUUGGUUUGACGCAUAAUCCGCGCGUGGAGGAUUGGCCGGUCAUGCCGGUUGAGAUUCAUGAGUUGAGGAUUAAACCGUGUGAUUUUUUUGAGGGGAAUCCCGCGAUUGAUGUGCCUGGUUUGAGGAAUUUGGAGUCGAGGUUGGUGGUGGGGAGUGGGAAGGAGAGGGGGAAGGAUGGGGAGGGGGAGGGGGAGAAGAAGGAGAGUUGUUGUAAUUAAGAGGUGUGAAGUAAAGUGAAGCCAAAUUAUGAUUACGAAAGGAAAUGAAGGGGGUUUAAAGAGAAAUCUUUUGUAUGAGUAUCAGUAUGAAGUAUGGGUAAGGAGAACAUAGAAGAGGUUUGGAUAUUUUACAUUUAUAUUAUCUAAAAUAGAAUUUUGAACUUUUUGAUACGGAGAAUG